AUGAGGAACAAAUGUGAAGGGAAAAGGGAAGGAAGCAAAGGAGCUGCGUCUUGGCCCUUCUCUUUCCCGGCCUAUGGGAUCCUCAUUAGACUGUCGCUGGAGUUUGCGAAGCACUCACCAGUGCUGGUCGACACAACUGCGUCUGAAAGGGAGAUGAUUAAUCUAAUUGAUGAGGUAGCUGAGGCAAGGUUGAAACAUCUACAGAGAGAAAGGGAGAGGGAAAGAGUUCGGGAUAAAGAUAGAGGUAGGGAGACUGAGAGUGAUUGGGUGGUCAGACAUCUAUAUGAUGGUCAUAAUGAUGCAUAUGGUGGUCGAGAUAAGUCGAAAGAUUCCAGGCAUUUGAAAGAUGAACCGGAUUACCACUACAGGAAAGGAAAAAAAGAUCCAGUAAAGGUGCCCAGCAUCAUGGAUGAUGAUCUGGAAAGGCGUGAAAAGAAACCAUUGAGAGAUGAAGAGGUAGAAGAAGAUUGUGAAGAUAGGGUUUAA